AAAUCAAAGUUGUAGAAAAGUAUGAUCCUACCCUUCUCUUCCACUGUUGGUUUUGUAUUCUUCCCGCUUUCUCAAAGCCAGUACCAGGGUCUUUAUGGCCACAGGAUUAGGAAAGUGAUGAAAUACUAAAACUAGGCUUACCAAAUAUAUUUAUUUUUUUAGAUUUCAUCUGGAUCACUGUCUUGAGCUGGCUGAUUUUACUGGCCACAUGAACAGUAAUUCUGUUUCAGGGAAGUCCUAGGUGUCAGCCCUUAUCGUGACAGCAGGAACAGGUUACUUGAUUAACGGGUUAGGUUACCAUACUUAGCAUAAUCUACAUGGCAGAAACUGUAGUAUCAGUCUUUAUUUUGUAUGUAUGUAACUUGCUUUUUAUAAAGGUUUUGUAUACAAACGUGUACUUUAUGGAUUUAUAUGUAUAUUAAUUCAAACCUGGAAUAUUAUUACUAAUAAUUAGGAGAAAAAGGUUUUUCUCGACACAUCUGGCUAGGUUCUUGCAAGCAUUUAAAUGGAGACUGCACACCUGAAGCCUGAAAACUUGCCUAGAAAUUAAAGCUUACAGGCCCUAAUUAAAACUACCCCAAUUAGAUCUAAGAACACUGUGCAGGUUUGUCUUUAUUCACAUUUUUUAAGUACCUUUUCAGUACCGUUAAUAAACUUGAUGCAAGUUCCAAGAUAAGAAUAUAGUUAGCUAUUUGACAAAAAUCUGCAUCCUGUUAAAGGUUGACAGUUCUGUUCUAUAUUAAAUACUUUUUAAUAGGUAUCUUGUCUAGGACUAUUGAUUUACCUGUGGCUUCAUUAUUAAUGGUUAAUUACAUCUCUUAUAUAAUACUUUUGCAAUUAAGGUGUUAGGGAGUAGGACAGGUAGAAGAAAAGCCACUAGGUAAUGUAAGCUACAUAUUGUUUCUGUUGACUCUAGCAAUUAUUUUUGCUGCAUCAUUAGUGUUGUGUUUUUUUCUUCCCCACACACUGUUACAAUAAUUACAGGAUUAUUUUUUUUCAAAAUAUUUUACUUGCUUGGUUUGUUUUAAUAGCUUUUUUUUUUUUUUUUUUGCCUCGGGAAAGUUAAAAUCUGGUUUCUUCUGAGCUAAGACCACUAGGUGGCAUUCCAGAAGAAGACUUCAAUGAAGCUUGCAAACAACAUUUCCACAUGAGAAAUACUAAAGAUUAUAAACCUGAACGAGGGUGAACCAUGUUGGAUGAGAAAUAAAGACAAAUAGUCUUAGGUAAUAAGUAUUAAGCUAAUGUGCGAAUAAGUGUGGGAGGAGGGCAGGGGGUGAAACACCAACACAUUUUGGUUGGUAACACAGGCAAGAGGGUAGCAAAAUAUUGCUAUCUUUUCAGUUAUUUCCUGAGGCAGUAGCUGAACUCCUAAAGCUGUAUUGGCCAUGUGACUUAGCUGUCCUAUGAGUUCAUUAAUUAUGUUUCCUACUUUAUAUUAGCAAUGAUUUUGCUGGUCUAUAAGUGUUGUGUUGUGUCUCUCAAGAUAAUUUUCUAAAUCUAUCUGAAAUACUGAAUUAGUCUUCACAAACACUUUAAUUUAGGAAUUGAUUAACUUGAAUCUUAAAAAGGUUCUACUGAAGCCAAAGUCAGGGAAUCACAGAUAAGGACUUUUCAGCUUUUUAUCAAAUUCUCUGCAUGCCUUACCCUUUAUUUCCAUUACUUCUAUCAUUAGUUCAGUUUUGUUCCACAAUUUUAGAAAGCAGAAGUGUAGCAUGGAUGGGAUUCAUAAGUUUGCUAAAUUAAUAGUAUGCUGUAGAAUCAGCAUUAAAUAGCAGUUAAUGAAAACAAACGAAAGACAAUGGUCUUUGUUUUGAGAUGUAUUGGUGUUGUGUAGUUCACUUCAUCCUAGUUGGGAUACCUCUGCCAAGAAGAGAAACAAAGUAAUUUUUACCCUGCUAUUUGCUUUGUAACUAUAUACCUGAUACUUAAAUCCACAGGGUAGCAACAAACAGUACACACAUAUUUUAAAGGCAAGAGAGAACCUAUAUUAGGAGUACUAUGUUGCAAGUAAAUUAUUUUAAGAUGAAUAUGCUAGCAAGGCAUAGUUUGGAGACUGAUUAUAAUGAUUUUGCUUGAUUUUUCUUGAUUGACUAUGUUGGAAUAUGUGAUGAAGCAAAAGACUUCAUCUGUUGUUGUAUGGUAAGGUAAAUCAGCACAAACCUUAGAGUUAACAAAACACUGUAAGAUCCUCUGAUUAAAGUCAUUAUGUGUGACAAUCACCUAAGACAACCUAAGGGAGAUGCAGAUUGUUAAACCAGUAAAACAACGUUUAGAUUGCCAUCUAACAGCAGCACUGAGGUUUUUGUUUGUCUCAAGUGCUAUCUGUGCUGUUUAGUCUGUCUGGAGUGGCUGUUUUCUUAAGACAACUUUAAUCUAUGUAAUUUUGAUUGUUGGCAUUCCAUGGGAAGUAGAUGAAAGAUGCUUUUUUGUUUUCGAGGUAUAUGCUUUCCCAAAGUAUGAAAAUAAUUUUUCACACUGCAAGUGAGUUUGAAUGUUUGACCAGCGUGGUUAUAUGACAGGGACAAAGUGACUAGUUCUAUAGAAUUACUUCUGGUCCUCUUCUACCAUGAGUUCAGGUUCAGUCCAGGGGUCAGAAAACAGAUACCAGUAGUAAGGGGCUGUUUCUGCCCUUUUUAUGGGAAGCAGGCCUGUGUUCGUAAUCUGUAGUCUGUGAGACUUUGUAACAUGAAUGUGGCAUACUGUUACAUAGUGUGUGGAUGUAAUUCCAUAUAUACUGAAAUAUGUAAUUAUAUUUAUAUUGAAAUAACUUUUUUACCAGGGUCCUUCCAGAGCCUGGCACCACGCAGCUGUGCCUUUUAUCCCUAAAGUAGCUGUGCGAGGUCGCUGGACUCAGGGUUUUCCUGCAUGGCGCUGAGACACCUGUGCGAGCUGUAGCAACAGCUCGUCGAUUCGCACCCCUCGAAUCCCCUCACACGGGACUUUCCUUCCCCUGCCCGCAGAGGAAAUGCCCGACACCCUCCAUCUCCCCUCGUCACAAGCCAGGGCCGGUGCGAAGCGAGGGGUUUGCGGCGGGGCUGCCCCCGUCCCCUCACGGCGCCGCCGCCGCCAUUUCCCCGGCGUCCCCCGCCGCCCCUCAGGGCGCAUGCCUGGGGCCGCGCUGCCAUGGUUGCAGGGAGCGGCUGCAUCGGGACGCCCUGACAGAGCCGGGGGGGAAAGGAGCAAAGCACCGGGGUACCGGGGUCCCAGCUGUGCCCCGAGCCGGGGGGAGAGAAGGGGAGGCGGGCGGCCAACGGCCCGACCCACUGCCCCCUGGUGGUGCCCGCGCUGAGGGGCGCUGAGGGGAGGUGAGCCCCUGACUGUGCGCCCUGAGGGAGGGCCUGGCCGCCGGCUGGUUUGGCUGUGAAUUCCUCCCUGUGCACAUUUCACCGAUGUAUAUAUGCAUUAUAUACAUACGUACAAACAUGUAGGGGCUGCUGGCCGCUCGCUGGCACUGUGCUGGAGCGUUAUGUGUGCUAAAGACCUGUGAAGAUGCUUAGUGUUUUGCAGCUGGAUGAAAAUAAGUCAUCAAGCUGUUCCGAGUAGGCUGUUUGAGAGAGGAUUUAGGAAAAGUUUUUCAGAGCGAUGGAAAAUGGUGAGCAAGGUGCGUGUGAGCCAGACGGCCCGUUCAGUGCAUCACCCGAGAAUGCAUCUCCUGUUACUGCUACAAGUCACCCUACUUCACUUGAAUUAAAAAAUUCAGAAAGGGAAAAAGAAACAUCUCAAGAUGCAGUGCUGUCAGAGAAUGUGACAAAUUCGACAGUGACAGGAAGCAUAAUUGAGGAUAAUAAAACUCUUAUGUGGAGUGUGGCUACAUUUCAUGAAACUAUCCAGUGUGAGAAGUUGCAUCUUGAUCUGGGACAUUUUCCCAGGAAAGCAGUUCAACAGGGUUACCGCAUGCCUGAUGUCAUCACUGUCAGAGUACAAACAGAUCCUGAUACCUUCCAAGAUGUAGCUGUAAAAAUUGAAAGACCUACUUUUCGUAAACCGUUUCUGGGUGGAUUUAAGAACAGAAUAACAGGAGUGGAAUUUCAUAAUGCAGGAUCACAAACAAUACCCAAAAAAAGACCUGAAAAAGGAACUACAUUAUUUUGUAGGGAAACACAGACUGUGUUUCAAAAAAAUAAACGUCAACAAACAGCAAAUCCAACAUCAACACAGAUGACUAAGGUUGGCUUGUAUGUGUCAAGCGUGACUGACAAACUAAUAACACCUGGAAAGUAUUUCACAGCAGAAGAAUACCAUAAACGUCGACUUGAAGCUGUAAUAGUAUUACAGAAAUGUUUCCGCCGUUGGCAUGCUAGAAACCUAGUAAAAAAAUUGAAGGAAGAAAAGAGACUGAGGCUGGCAUGGGAGGCACAAGAAGAGUUAAAAAAGAAAAAAGAGAAAGAAGACAAAGUGAGGAGGGAACGUGAUCGAAGACUGAACCCUAAAACAAAAGAAGACUUUGAGCUGCUUUACCAUGCUUUAGAAUCGUGGAGACAGGAGGAGAUUGAACGGAUUAACGCAACUCUUACUGGAGCUGAAAGAAAGGCAGCACUUUGUGGACUUCUAGAAGAAGAGGCACAGCUGAUUGCUUCCAUUGGGAGACACAAGCUAAAUGCAGAUGAGGAGAAUCAACAUAAAGCAGUACUGCACUUUCUGAGUAAGUGUGCACAACCCAAGAGAUGGAAAGCAUAUGAUGGAAAAACCACUGAAAUGGAUACACCGUACACACUCCGAGCCAGAGAACUGCUUGAAAUCUACCGCAGUGUUAGCAUGAAUGACAUCCCACAAGAUGAGAGAGUAGAUGUGCUGUUAACACUCAGACGUACAGUGGAGGAACAUGCAUGUGAAUUAACAAAGGAAAUAGUGGAAUUAAUUGACAGAGAAGUUGAUCUUAUGUCGAGAGAGGUGAAAGAAUGCAACUUAGAAGGACUGAGGAAAAGAAUUUGUACGUUAUUUCUACAGUAUAUUAAAACACCGAAGUUUAACCCUGAAGUUGCAAAGAUACUUAAGGUUCCACCAGAUCCUCUAAAGCUCUAUAAAAAUGUUAACUUCUGUCAUAGCUGCGAAAAUUACUUACCAUCUACUGAAUUUCCUGUUCCUGCUAAUUCCCACACCAUUGGCAGAUGUCACUUGUGUUGCAAGCUUGAUAAUGAGGCUCGGCAACGAGAAUCAUUUUUGAAGUACAGACUUAUACUAGAAAAUCUCAGAAAGUCUGAAGCUGAUUACCAGGAUGAUACUAAAAUUGUUUUCUUAGUUCAGCUGCAAGAUCUACAGUACAUGAUUGAGAACAUUUGGGGCUGUCAGUCCGCUCUUAGUGCCUGCAGUGAUCUCUAUGAUUUGGUUAUGGUCAGAUGGGAUAAGCAGCAGGAGUGGUCUCCAUGGAACACAGUUCUUCUCACUAAAGAUGAGGCAGAUGCACAUCUUAAGCUGUGUAACCUUCAAGAGGCUUAUGAAGCAGCAUUUAUUCACAGAAUAAAACAAAAACAUAUCCGGGCGAAAAAGUACUUUGCUCAGAUCCCAGCGAUUGCAUCAUUUUUGCCUAGGAGUAACAAGCAGACUAAUGCAAGAUAAUUUUUAAUAGCUACGCCUAUUCCUACCAGUACAAAAACAUAACUCUUAGCGAAGUUAACUGAAGUUAAAGAAAGUAACUGAACUAUUGAUUAAUACAAUUUACUUGAUUUUGAAGAUUUUUUUUACCAAUAUCUUAAUUGUAUAACAUCAAAAUAAACUUCUGCCUGUAAAAUAAUUUGAUCUUGAUUAUUCAAUAUAACUAUAUUUCAUGGUUUGUAACCUCGUUAUUUAAAAAAUAUUGUUGAUGAGCUAUAUACAUUUGUGAGCUUUGACUGCUUUACUGUGCAUGCCUGUGUUGCCUGGAAUAUUUGUUUCUGUGUAAUAUUGUUUUUGAGGAAAUUUAGCUAACUCUGUUAUCUUCCACUUAGAAAAGUAAAAAUAAAUUAUUUAAUUUUAUAUUAAUAUAUUAAAUGUAUUUUUCUGGCAUUAAGCAUAUAAGGCAGAGAACCCCUCAAACUGUACAUUCCUACAGAACAACAAAAUUGAUAUGCCCUUCCAAAUAUAGCUGCUCUGACUUGGAAACAUUGGUGUAAAACAGUAACUUCAUUUUUUAUGGCUCAUCUUAUUGGUCAUAAUGGAACUGCCAGCAUACAAUUGUUGUAUCCAAGAUCAUGAAAUUAUUGUGAAUCAGGUUGAAAAUUUGAAAAUACACAAUGCAGACUGUUCAGAACGUUUAUUUUUUGAGGAACUUCUCUUAUGUACAGUAGAAGUUAAUUGCUUCCCUAAACUUACAGAGUUACGGUUAUGUUUGAUUAUAAUUACAGAGAAAAAUGUUUGAUGGUGUCCAUUCAAUAAAGUCCUACAGAAAGUUGCUA